CUUCCUCAGCAGCAUGUUAGCUGCUAGCCGAUGAGUAGUUUGAGAUAUGAUGAGUGGCAGGACGAGCGCGAUAGUAGCAGGGGUGUGUGGGGCCCUUUUCAUCGCAUACUGUAUUUAUUUUGACAGAAAGCGGCGGAGUGACCCUCAAUUCAAGGAAAAGCUGCGUGAACGUAGAAGAAAGCAAAAUGUUUCAAGUGAGAAGUCUGGUCAGUCAAAGCUGCCAGACAUGAAGGACUCAGAAGCUGUUCAGAAAUUCUUUUUGGAGGAAAUCCAGUUGGGAGAGGAGCUCCUGUCACAAGGUGACUUUGAGAAAGGUGUAGACCACCUGACCAAUGCGAUUGCAGUAUGUGGUCAACCGCAGCAGCUGCUUCAGGUACUCCAGCAGACGCUGCCUCCUCCAGUCUUCCAAAUGUUGCUCACAAAACUACCCACCAUCAGCCAGGUUUCAGACGCAUUGCCUCACCCAAAGCCUGAGGCGAAGCUGCAAUGAGUUGGAAUGAGCCCAGAUGAGAGGGAGGAAUCUGAACUUCUGGGACACUCCUCCAGUUCAAACCUACACUUUUACUUCAGGGGAUUUUGGCUGGGCUUCUGGUAUAUGAGCUGUUUCUAGUAAUGUCCCCCCCCCCCUCCCCCCACUUCACGUAAUAAUAAUAAUAAUAAUAAUAAUAAUAAUAAUAAUAAUAAUAAUAAUAAUAAUAUUAAUAAUAAUAAAAAUACCCACACAGCCAACACACAGUUUAAGCCAUUAAUCUCUAAAAAAAAAUCUUUUCACUGUUAACUAGUCUGGGUAGCUGAUUCAUCCGAGUGUAAUUUCAUUUAGUGGUGACAGAUUUGGACGAUUCAUUGCAUGAGAAUAAAAUGUGGGCAGAGCUAUACUCAUGCUGUAACCCCAAUCCAUUCAAGUUUACAACACACUGGCUGGAAAUCCCCACCUCAUGACAGAGCUUCCUGGUUACUGGCUAAUGGAGGCGCCUUUUUCUUUUCUGUCUUUUCUUUCUUUCUUUUUAUAUAAACACGCCAGGAAAAUAUUAUCUAACCCUCGCAGAGAGCCUGGGUCAGUACAUUUUGAAUUCAUGCUGACACAAAAAAAAAUGAGCAGUGGAGGAAAAAUGUGGGCUGUAAAAAAAAUCCUUCUAUUAAUCCUAAAAUAUGCCCUAUAAAUGCUGCCCUUGUGCUGCUGCUGUUUAGAAUAAUAAAACAGGAGAAUUGCAGUUAAGCAUGCAAGUGUGCAAGAGAAGAAAUGUUGCAGCACAUAUAAUUUUUUUAAGCUUCUAUAUGUGUAUAAUCUAAGAAUUGCCAUUGGAUUAGAGGUGUUGUUUUUCCUUGGGUAGACCCACCUCAUUCAUUGCACAGCAGUAGUAGUAGCAGCUCAUUGCGUCGAGGCUGUGUGCAUUGAGAAAAACAAGCUGCAGCGCGUUUUUCAGCCUGAAUUUAGGACAAAGCAGCAGCAGCAGCAAGCAGGAGAAUGAAAGUUACAGCCACAAAAAACAACAUCCUCUCUCGUCGCAUGCAGGCUGGAAUCGGUGAUAUUUCGAAGCAGAUUCGGCGUUGAGAAUAAUAAUAAUAAUAAUAAUAAUAAUAAUAAUAAUAAUAAUAAUAAUAAUAAUAAUAAUAAUAAUAAUAAGACGGAGCUGUGGGUUAUUCCCUUCGAGUCGGAGGCGGUGGUGUUGUGAGGCUGAGCUGUUUUUUUUUUCUUUUUUGGCAGAGGCUCAAGUGAUUAAAUUAAAAUAAUAGACGUAAAAAAAAAAUUAGCGAGAGAGAGAAAGAAAGCAGUGAGUGACAGAGGCUGCAGUAAAGCGGGGGGAGGUUGGGGGGGUCUGUCGAAGAAAUCAAGUCAAUAGAAACUGAAGUGGAAGCAGGCGUUUAGAGCUCCGUGGUGACGUCGCUGCUCCACAUUGAGCCAGUAGUAGAGAGUCAGAGAUAGACAGAGGAGCGCCGGAGUAAAGUACACACCGACAUGAACUUCUCCCUCUAAAACUUCAACCGUGUUGCUCGAAAAGUCAGGAGAGGACGAGUUUACAGGGUUUUCUUCAUCCCCUCCUUCUCCACCACCACCGCCACCACCGUAAGGAACUUGCUCUUUAUUCUUUUUUUUCCUUUUCUUCUUUACACGGAGCUCAGAGGGGGGGAAAUAAUAACAAGAAAACGGAGGACAAGAAGGCGCAUUUUGGGGUUUUACUUUUCCAAGGGGGGUCGACGACCAGCGCUAUGUCGUCCGCGGCGGUCGCUGCUUCUUCCAGGAGGCAGUCGUGUUAUUUAUGCGACUUGCCCCGCAUGCCUUGGGCCAUGAUCUGGGAUUUUAC